UAUAUCAUUAUCAAUAAAAAAAUUUGAACGCAGAGGAGAAAAGACGAUCGAAGCCGUCAAAAAGGACACUUGGAGGAAAUCAAAGGUCACGCACAGUUAAAAUGCUCCCCAAAAAUUCGAAACACACAGUAUAGGCGCGAAAACUGAAGCCAAAGCCAAAUGCAAAAAAGGAAAACACAAGGCACGGAAAAAUUCAUUUGUGAUUUGUGCAGAGCAGACAACGGGUUAAUCAGCUUUGGAGCUUCGUUCACAGAUUUUUUUUUUCUGGUGUUUUGGGACGGUGCAUCCUUUAAACUCUUUAACCCUGUGAAAAUAGCUUGAUAAUCGGUAACAAGAUGAAGGCACACAUGCAUAGGAAAGCCAAAGGACCCUCUAAGAUCAACUCACAACAGGUAGCUUUUGAGCUAAAGAAUAAGGUGAAUCUUGCGCUGAACAAGUUAGCUGAUAGGGAUACAUAUCAACUAGGAGUUGAUGAGCUUGAGAAAACAGCAGAAUGUUUAACACCAGAUAAGAUUUCCCCAUUUUUGUCGUGUAUAUUGGAUACUGAUUCAGAGCAGAAGAGUGCUGUUAGAAAGGAAUCUGUCAGGUUGAUGGCUACAUUAGCUAGAUUUCAUCAGGGCCUCAUUCUUCCAUACCUAAGUAAGAUGGUUGCUAGCAUUGUUAAGAGGCUUAAGGACCCAGACUCAGUUGUGAGGGAUGCUUGCCAUGAAACAAUUGGUGUUUUGGCUUCAAAAUUGAGUAAUCAUGAAGAUGAUAAUAAUGGAGUUUUUGUUACGUUGGUGAAGCCACUUUUUGAAGCAUUAGGUGAACAGAGUAAGCAUGUGCAAUCGGGUGCAGCAUUGUGCUUGGCAAGGGUCAUUGACAAUACCCAUGAUCCUCCAGUUUCCAUUUUGCAGCGGAUGUUGAGUCGGACCAUAAAAUUGCUCAAGAAUCCACACUUAAUGGCAAAAUCAUCAGUAAUUGAGUUAAACAGAAGCAUUAUUCAGGCAGGUGGUGCUACAACACAAAGUCUUCUCGCGGCAGCAAUGGCUAGCAUUCAAGAAGCCCUCAAAAACAGUGACUGGACAACACGCAAAGCUGCUUCUGUAGCAUUGGGGGAGAUUGCUUCAAGUGGUGCUUCUUUUCUGGGAUCUUUCAGGGCUUCUUGCAUCCGUUCCCUUGAGUCUUGUCGUUUUGACAAGGUCAAACCAGUUAGGGACACAGUACUGCAUGCCCUUCAGUACUGGAGAAGCAUUCCCGGACCUGAUACUUCUGAACCUUCUGAGGCUGGAUCUUAUGUAAAAGAAAACUUCUGUGGAGGUGAUUCCAGUGACAUAACAAGUAACAAUGACUCUUGUUGGAAAGAUGUCUCAGGGAAGAAAGUUACUACAAACCCAGCUAUAAGAAGGAUACCUCUGUCUGUUAGAAAGACAUCUCAGAAUUAUGUCCAAGACCCUCAACAUUGCAAAGAUGAUGAUUGGCAUAUUGAAAUUUCUGUUUCAGAGAAACAUAAUGUUUCUUUACCAGACCUUCAGAAUGAAGAAUCUGAAGGAAGCACUAUCACCAAGACACUGGAUAGAAUGAUGCCGGACACUACAAGUACACAAGAUAUAGGGUAUGAGUUUGUCCCAGUGGAUGACAAACAAGAGUGUUCUUCGGUGUCUAACCUUCUUAGUGACAACUUUGGGUCCAAGUUUGUAACUGUUGCUCAUGACCAUAUAGCUGAGGGACAUUGGCAGAAGUCUAUGGGACGAAGCCAGCGGUUUGCAGGUGAAGAAGUUAGUAAUGAAGAAGAUGGUGUGUGCUCUGGAAAAAUUAGGGACCGCAGAAGUCUUGAUUCAGCAGUCAAUGAAUCAAGUCCGGAGACCGUUUCAAUGUGUUGUUCACGGAUUGAGAAUAAAAUUGUUGGCAUUCAGAAACAGCUUUCGGAGAUUGACAGCAAGCAGUCCAGCAUGAUGGAUCUUCUCCAGGUGUUUUCAACUGGUAUAAUGGAUAGCAUGUCCAUGCUACAGUCAAAGGUCUUAAGUUUAGAACAUGUAGUAGAUCGUAUGGUGCAAGACGUUAUGCAGGGAGGGAAGCAUCCUGGUUUGGUGAAUUCCAGACUUGAGAAGCAGGGUGAAGGUGCUUCUUCCAGACUGUCUUCGUGCACUCCAAGGGCUUCCGUAGAUAUUUGUAACAGACAAUCUUCUUUGCUGUCAGUGAAGAAUUCUGAUGUUUGGGAGGAAAAAACACUUGGUAGAAAUAGGUCACCCAAUUGUGCAAAGCAGGGCAUGGAGAUAUGGACUAAUCAUACUGUAAAAUUUUGUAGAAAUCCAACUGGGAAGGAAGUGCACAAAAGCUCUGGGCAUGGGGGACAAGGCAUUGGCCAUAUCAGAAAAAGUGAAGCUGCCUCUACUUGUUCUUCCAUUCCAAAUGUGAGUGGCAGACAGAAGUAUCCAGACAACAAAGAUGGUCUAUGGCAACAUGUGAAAAGUCUUCUAUGCCAAGGGGACCUAGACUCUGCGUAUGCAAAAGCUCUAUCUUCUGGAGAUGAAAUUGUCCUCAUUGAGCUUCUUGAUAGAACUGGUCCUGUUCUAGAAAGUCUCUCCCAAAAGAAUGUCUACAAUAUUCUCAGUACUUUGGCAUCAUACCUCUUGGAACAGAGGUUUAUGAACUGUAUUAUCCCAUGGUUGCAGCAGGUGGUUGAUUUGAGUGCUAUACAUGGACCAAAUCUCCUUAUUCCCUCUGCUAAAGUAAGAAGGGAGAUUUUAUCUGCAAUUCAGGAGGCCAUGAACAUGGAAUUUUCUAAUCCUGCCGAAAGAAGAUCAGUUACAUCACUGGCAAUAAGGUUCCACCAAGAAUGGGGGAAGUGCUCAUAGUUAUGAAAUCGUUGAACAAAAAUUCUGCUCUUGUUCGGUUCAUCGGAAGAACAGCACUAAGCGGUAUAUGCUUUGUCCCUUGUCCCGAUUGUUUUUGCUGUAUAAAGGUCCAUCUUUACGAAGUAUUCUAUAAUUCAUCUGUUCAGGUACCCUCUGUCUUUUAUUGCAGUAGUGCAUGUGGAUUGUUUAACUUGUUUUGGUUAUUAGGUAUUAGCUUGUUAAAAAUUCUUCAGCAAGUUUCCAAUCUUCCCAGUAUUUGUCUCUUUGCUAGUCUAUGCUUAUCUGUUUUUCCAGAGAGCUAAAAUGUUCGUUUUGAGAUACAAUUUCUAAACAAGAGUUCGAUAUAAGAUGUGUUAACCGAUGUUUUCUGAACCGGACCGAGAACUAACCGGUUACUGGUAUAUCAGUCUAGACAUACGGGUUUAACCAGUCUUUGACUGAACCGCUUGAAACCAAUGAAAAACAGAAAAUGGGAACAAAAUCAGCAAUUAAAUUGGUUGAACUAAUUUUAUAAA